AUGGCUACAUCAGAUCAUCUGCAAGGUCCGGUGGCUGUACCUCUCUCCGACAUUGCCCCUGCUCCUGCCCCUGCUCCUGCGCCUGCGCCUGCUUCAACUCCAACUCCAGCUCCAGUCUCAGCUCCAUCCACACCCACAGCAAAUCCCGUUCCUCUCGGCACAUUGCCUUCAACCACUCCACCCACUCCUGUUCCACGCUCUGUCCUUGCUGCUUCUGCCUCUGCCUUGGAUACGACUACAACAGCAACAACAACUACUUCUUCUUCUUCUUCUUCUUCUUCUUCUUCUCCUUCUUCUCCUUCUUCUCCUUCUUCAAACACAUCUGCUCCUGCACCUGUGGCUGAAACAGUGCCAACGACCACCUCGGCUACUACAACGUCCAUCCCGAGGCCAACACAUGUCAAUAUCCAGGAAGGAGUACCUUCUGGAUCAGUCGUCAAUGGCUCCCAUAUCAACACCUCCACAGCAUCCAUCCCAGUCCGUAGACGUACCCUGGCUGAUUACAGACUCGGCAGGACCCUUGGUGAAGGAUCUUACUCGACUGUCGUCGAGGCUGUCGAUCAAUCCAACAGACGCAAAUAUGCAAUCAAGGUCCUUGACAAGAGACAUAUUAUUCGUGAGAAGAAAGUCAAAUAUGUCAACAUUGAAAAGAAUACGCUCUACAAACUCGACCAUCCAGGACUUUGUGAAAAUGGUGAACUGUUGACCUUCAUCAAAAAGCUUGGCUCGUUUGAUGAGAAUUGUACCAAAUUCUACGCGGCACAGAUCUUGACCGCAAUUGAAUAUGUUCAUGGUCAGGGUGUUAUCCAUCGCGACUUGAAGCCAGAAAAUAUUCUUAUGGAUGAUCGCAUGUACAUCAAGUUGACUGAUUUUGGAACUGCAAAGAUGUUGGAGCCAUCCGAGGAUGGGACAGAGUCCGAUAGAGCCAACUCUUUUGUAGGAACUGCUGAAUACGUCUCACCAGAACUUUUGACUGAAAAGGCUGCUUGCAAAAGUUCUGACCUAUGGGCAUUCGGAUGCAUCAUCUACCAACUCCUUGCAGGAAGACCACCAUUCAAGGGAUCAAAUGAAUAUCAGACCUUUCAAAAGAUUGUCAAGCUCGAAUAUACCUUCCCAGCAGGAUUCCCCGCUACUGCCAUGGACCUCGUCUCACGCCUUCUGGUCCAUGAUCCUAACGAGCGUUUGGGCGCAAACAACACGAUCGACGAAUUGAAACAACACCCGUUCUUUCUAGGUGUCCAAUGGGACAAAAUCUGGAGCCAACCUGCACCCAAAUUA